AUGUACUCAGAGGAAAAGCCUAGCAGUCUACAAUCUGCCCGGCAGAUCGAUUACCUGGGUCAACGGCUGCUCUCUGUUCUGAAGGAACUCCUUCCGGCCUAUACUCUACGUUCUGCGACUGUCCUCAAAGACUCAGGACGUCCGUCGCGUCUAGUGCGUUAUUGGUUACCAGCCUCGUUGAUGAUCUUGUCAGCCAGUACUUCCCUGAGAAUUCUGAGUGCUCGGCGCCAUGAUAUUCUCGAAUGGGUUCGAGAAUUCGGGACUACUAUAGCUGGGUUCUGGAACAAUUGGGUUCUCGAUCCCAUAGUAAGGCUUAUUGGAACCAUAAGGCACGAUGAGAAAAGCGAGAUCGCAUUGAUGAGCAAGAACAGCCUCGAAGCCGACAGAGCCAGUUUAGAGAGGAUGGUAGUGGACUUCAUCGUGGAUCGUGGUGCUUCAAAACAUGGUGAUACUGCGGUCAAUAUGCAUGACGCCACGAUUAAAGUGCACGAAGGUGACUUGACUCCAGUUUUGAAAGCCUAUGAAAAAGACUUGCGGACUCCUUUCAUUGGAACCGUUCGCGGUGAUCUGGUGCGAGCUCUUUUGAUACAGAUCCAAAAGACCAAAGUUGAUGUUGAGAUCGCGAUUGGUGGUAUUGACACUCUGUUGAAAAGUCAAGAGCUUGUCUUCGGGUUUGUCGGUCUAACGCCGGGGAUCCUAGUGUCAUACGCAUUGGCGCGGUGGUUCUCUGGCUUCUUUGGUACUCGAAGAGGGUUGCGUAUGGGUAGAAAACAGGACGACUUGCGAUACGCAUUGCGGUAUAGACCCCAUGAACCCAUGACUACAGAGCAAGAGACUGAUAUCAAACUACUAUUGAUCGGAGAUUCUGGUGUAGGGAAGUCAUGCUGUCUUUUGCGAUUCAGUGAGGAUUCGUUCACUCCAUCAUUCAUCACCACCAUCGGCAUCGAUUUCAAGAUUCGCACAAUUGAAUUGGAUGGCAAGCGUGUAAAACUUCAGAUAUGGGAUACCGCUGGGCAAGAACGGUUCAGAACCAUCACAACCGCGUACUACAGAGGAGCGAUGGGCAUCCUUCUUGUAUAUGAUGUCACGGACGAACGAUCAUUUCAGAACAUCAGAACAUGGUUUUCGAACGUCGAGCAACAUGCUAGCGAAGGUGUGCAUAAAAUUCUCAUCGGGAAUAAAUGCGACUGGGAAGAGAAGCGGGCUGUUUCUACUGAACAAGGCCAGCAACUCGCAGACGAGCUUGGCAUACCCUUUCUCGAGGUUUCGGCGAAGAACAAUAUCAACAUCGAGAAAGCCUUCUAUAAUCUUGCUUCGGACAUAAAGAAAGGCAUGGACACUUCCAAAGAGCAGGCUGGUUCUGGUCAGGGGGUUAUCAUAGACCAGCAAGGAUCCGCACUCAAUGGCAGCGCGGGGGGGAAAUGCUGUUGA